AUGUCAGACCGUCUGGACCUAUUGGUGGUUGACGAGGCGGAACUGGAGCGCAAGAACGCGAGUGCAUCUAUCAUUCAACGCGCUUUCCGCAUGUAUGAAUCUCGCAAGCUUGGCAAGGAGAUGCGGGAGGGACGAGGACGGGAUCAUGCGCUGAGUGAAUUGAGAGAAUCAAUUGCGGCCCGCAAGGUGCAGAGGUGGAUUCGGAGGUCUCUAGGCGGGAGGUGGGAUACCCAUCGGCGGAACAAGAACCGUGAGAUACUUGCAAGCGAACGGCAUCAGGCAGCAAUCCGCAUCCAAAGUGGGGCGCGGCGUUGGCUCGCACAACGCCUUUUCAAACGACGAAAAUACUACGUGCAGAACUCCGGCUGUGCGGCUGUCGCAGUGCAGCUAUGGUGGCGGAAGAUCCUGGCCAAGAGGAAGUUGAUUGACCUCAAGAGGCGCCAUGAGGAAGCCAAGGCAGCUGCGGCCGAAAGGGAACGUCGUGAACUUGCUGCCACGCUGAUACAGAGUCAUUGGAGAACACGAAAAGCGGAGCGACAGACGCGCGAGGAAAGGAUGCGGGCUAAGAAAUUUCGGCGAAAGCAAGAGGAGGCCCGGCGAUUGUCGGCGGCUUGCAAUAUUCAGACAUGGUGGCGCUGGCUCAAGGCGCGUGCAGAGCUCCAGAGGUUGAAAGAGGCACAAGCGAUACGCGAGGCACGUCUUCGGGAGCACCAACGGAAGAUGGACGCCGCUACGAAACUCCAGUCAUUUGGACGAAUGAUCAUCGUGAGGAGGGCAGCGGAGCCGCUCUUGACGACUGCUCGCGUGAAUGCGGCACGAAGGAUUCGUGAGAAAUGUACUGAAUACCAGGCGGCGUCCAAGAUACAGCGGGCGUAUCGGUACCACUACGCUAAGCGACUACUGAAACGGCUGCGAGAAGAACGCCGUAAGGCACUGUAUGAAGCGCGGUGCAGUGUCCUUGUGGCUAAUGUACAGCGCAUCGGCCGCGGCUUCUGUGUCCGUCGUGAUCUUGGCAAUGUUCUGCGUGAAAUGGCGAUGGAGGCACUUGAAUACCAUAGGCGCCAAGAGGCCCUAGAGAUGGCAGACCGUGCCCAGGAAGCGGCACCGACUGAUGAGGGCAUCCAGGUGCCUGUCAUGGCGGAAGGGGAAUUAUGUCCUGCCGUAGAAGCAACAGAACAACAGCACUUCCGUAUGACGCAAGACGAAAGGGACACACGUCCUAUGCUGUGUCCCAUGCCCCCUGGUGAUGUGCACCACGCAGUACAUACUCCAUCAACAGAGAGAGAAGUUGUGCAAGAGCAGGAUGUGGAGGAGUCUGAGACGGACGAAGAGAUAUCUGACAAACGUCCAUCAAGCGCCAUUUGCAGAUCAGUUUCAAAAAUGCUGGAGGAGGAACGCCAAAAGCGGCUGCGUGAACCUGAGGGUGAGCACGUAGAGGCAGAGCGAGAAGCGCCGCGCGUGGAAUCUCUCGCGAGAUCUCCCUCCAAAAUGGAUGACCAGGAAGAAGAGCGACUGUCUGUGCCUGUGGAGCUUCACGAGGAGACGAUUGAGGAGCAACAAUCCUUCAGCCAACAUAAAGAAACUGAGGCAUUUCCGGCAGAGAGUACAGAGGAGAAAGAAACACCGGAGCCAUGUGAGGACAACGACGAGGUCAGAGCAGAGACACGACGCUUAACUGUUCUCAGAAACGCCGUUGCAAUCAAUGACGAACUCGAAGAGCUAGAAAGACUCUAUGAACUAGAGGACGCAGAGGAAGAACGCGAUGAGUCACGACGUUUGAGUGCUCUGGAGAAUGCUAUCGCAAUCAAUGAUGAAAGUCAAGAGCUAAAACGCUUGCGUGAAGUUGUGGAGGAGGAGGAGGAAGCCGAUAAUCAGCUUGAGGCGCAGGCGUUAGUGACUGUGUCCUCCAGCGAGGAAGUCCCAACCGUGCAGCGCACACUGCCUCCAACGGAUCAGAAGCCGCUCAAGACCGAAGAGUUGGAUCAGCAGCAGGUCCUACCAGAAGAACCCGAGCCGAUCGGUGCCCUGGAGGCGGCGCUGGCGGUGGAGCGUAAGAAGCGGCAAGAAAGCAUGGCGGAGGAGAAGCGUCUGCGCCUGGCCCGUGAUGCCCUGCGCGCCAAGGCGAACGAGUACCGACUGCGGCAGAUUGCUGCGGCAGAGAAGAAGGAAGAGUUGCAGGCUCUUAUCCCGCGCUUGCCCCUCGAGCGACGCCGGCGCGAGUUGGAGAUGCAGACGCCGGAGAACAGGCCACCCCGCUCGUCCGCAAGUUUGCGCGAGCUGCAGCUGCGGCGCACAAUGAAUGCGGCGAUUGAAAAGGACAGAGCCGCACUGAACAUCACGCGUGUGGCCCGGGGUUAUCUUGACAGACAGUAUUCCCAGGUGCUGCGGAGACUCACCACGGAGUAUAUCGAGUACAGGGUGGAGAUGGACUUGGAAGAGCCACCUGCUCUCGACCGCGAGCUGCUGCAGAAAUUUUCUGAAAUGCACCAAGAAGGUGUGGAGAAGGCGCGUGGGGUACGUUGCGUCACUGCUGUCCAGGCAUUCCUGCGCGCUCGAGAGAGCAGGAAGCUUACGACCCAUCGUGCGGCACGUGUGCUGCCCCCACUCCAGACGUUUCUCUCGGCUCCCCCCAGCUUACACGACCACGCCGUGGUGCUCUGCAGAUUUGCGCGCGUCGUUUUGGCAAAGAGGGAGGUCGCCGCUCGUCAGCAGGCGGUGCUUGCUUGCCUUCAGGAAACCCGGCGGAUGGAGGCCCUUUCGACACUACGUGGCUUCUUGCAUAUUGUGCGGGCUAAACAGGAGCGGGCGGCUCUUAGACGUGUCGCUGACGCCUCCCUGCAGCAGGAAGAAGCAGCAGAUGCUCUGUUGAAUCAAGCGGCUUGCAAGAUUGCAAAGUUCUGGCGAGUGAUGACGGCGAAGAUUGCACUACAGAACCGCAAGAAAGCGGUGGAGGAGCGACUGCGCUCUGGAGGAGCCGCUGAAAAGGUUACUGUCUUUUUGCGUCUGUGCUGCGCCAAGCAGGAACUGACGCGGCGGAAGUCGCAGGCGAAGCAGCAAAGAGAGGUGGACAUUGCGCUGGAGACAGCACUCGACGAUGCGGCAAUGCGGGUACAGCGUGCGUACCGCACAUACAAGGCGCGACAGCUGGCGAAGCAGCAACGUGACGCGAAGCAGGAGCACUGGAAGUCCAUCCAAGCGCAGGACGAAGAGAUCACUGCUGCGAUGGCGGCCAUCGCCGCGGAUGCAACCGACCAGGCAGAACCGUGGGUCAAUCUCGAGUUUUACGAGAUGAUGCAGGCGGAGGAAGAGGGGGAGGAAGAGGAGGAUGACGACUGGGAAGCCGAGGAGUUCCUGUAUUGUAUCAUCGCCGCGCAGAAGUUUGUGCGGGGGCUCCUCGCACGCCGGAAGGUGCGGGCGCUGCGGGAGCAACUGCAACAGGCGGAUAAAGAGCGACAACAGCGAGAGAAGGAGGAGGGGGCGAAGGAGGAAGAAACGAAGGACCCGGAGCCGUCAUGCAGCGGAGGCGAGGAUCCUGACCACGUGGCGGAGUUGUAA